CAACAUCGGCACGGGAAAUUGUCUUGAGAUUUAUUUGAGAAUUUGGUGCUGAAUUGCACACUUAUUGUUCAUUUCUGGCUGGCAGUUGCCGGUGCUGACGUUAAAAUUAUGGAUGAAGAUAUGGAAACUGAUGAAAAAGAAAAACUUACGGCUCCAGUUUCGAAAAUAGAGGAAAAAUGGAAACUGCUGCCUGCCUUUCUGAAAGUGAAGGGGUUAGUCAAGCAGCACAUUGCUUCAUUCAAUUAUUUCAUCAACACAGAUAUAAAGAGCAUAAUGAAGGCCAAUGAGAAGAUCACUAGUGAUGCUGACCCAAACUUUUAUAUGAAGUAUCUCAACAUUUAUGUUGGAAAUCCAGAUGUUGAGGAAGGCUUCAAUAUCACAAAACCCAUCUCCCCUCAUGAGUGUCGUCUACGUGAUAUGACAUAUUCCGCUCCAAUCACUGUUGAUGUGGAGUAUACCAGGGGUAAUCAGAGGAUUGUUCGCAAUAAUCUUCCAAUUGGCAGGAUGCCAAUAAUGCUUCGGAGUUCAAACUGUGUCCUAACAGACAAGACUCCUGCUGAGCUUGCCAAGUUGAAUGAGUGCCCCUUGGAUCCUGGUGGUUACUUCAUUGUGAAGGGUGUGGAGAAAGUGAUUCUCAUUCAAGAACAGCUGUCUAAGAACAGGGUGAUUGUCGACCAGGAUAGAAAGGGUAAUGUCUUAUGCUCAGUUACCAGUUCCACACAUGAACGUAAGGUCAAGACCAAUCUGAUCACCAAGAAGGGCAAGAUAUAUCUCAAGCAUAAUAGCUUUAGUGAGGACAUCCCUGUUGUGAUAGCGUUCAAGGCAAUGGGAGUGGAAUCUGACCAAGAGAUCGUUCAGAUGAUUGGAAGUGAGGAAGCGAUCCUGGCUUCUCUUGCUCCUUGUAUUGAAGAGUGUCACAAAGCACAGGUGUUCACGCAGAUACAGGCCCUCAAGCAUAUGGGAAGUAAAGUGCGUCAGCGUCGGAUGUGGGGUGGUCCAAGGAAGUCGAAGGUGGAUGAAGCAAGAGACAUUCUGGCCAAUGUCAUUCUUGCUCAUGUUCCAGUGAAUCAUUGGAACUUCAAGAUGAAAUCCUGCUAUCUCUCUCUGAUGGUACGCCGUGUGAUCCAGGCACAAGGUGACACAGUCAAGGUCGAUGAUCGAGAUUACGUUGGUAACAAGAGGUUAGAGUUGGCUGGACAGCUGCUGUCACUGCUAUUUGAAGAUUUAUUCAAGAAAUUCAACUCUGAGUUAAAGAGAAUAGCUGAUCUGACCAUUCCUAAACCCCGAGCUGCCCAGUUUGAUAUCGUCAAACAUAUGCGACAAGAUCAGAUCACAAAUGGAUUAGUCAUCGCCAUAUCUACGGGUAAUUGGUCAAUCAAGAGGUUCAAGAUGGAUCGUGCGGGCGUGACACAAGUCUUGUCAAGACUAUCCUACAUAUCAUGUCUCGGAAUGAUGACCCGUAUCUCCAGUCAGUUUGAGAAGACAAGGAAAGUGAGUGGUCCCCGCUCCUUGCAGCCAUCACAGUGGGGGAUGCUGUGUCCAUCUGAUACACCAGAGGGAGAGGCAUGUGGCUUAGUCAAGAAUCUCGCCCUGAUGACACACAUCACUACAGAUCUCGAUGAGACACCUAUCAUCAAGCUUGCCUUCAACCUUGGUGUUGAGGACAUCCAUCUGCUGAGUGGCGAAGAGAUGAGUUCACCUUAUGUAUAUCUAGUCUUCCUUAAUGGUAACAUUCUUGGCGUCAUUCGCAACUACAAACGUCUCGUGAGCACAUUCCAGAUGAUGAGGAGGGCAGGUUACAUCAGUGAGUUUGUCUCAAUCUGUCCGAAUCAUGGCCACAGAUGCGUCUACAUAGCAUCAGAUGGGGGCAGGGUGUGCAGACCUUACAUCAUAGUGACAAAUGGAGAAGCAAUGGUGACAAAUCAGCACAUUGAAGAGCUGACCCAAGGUUUCAGGAGUUUUGAGGACUUCUUACGUGAAGGGCUUGUGGAGUACCUCGAUGUGAAUGAAGAAAACAACAGCUUAAUUGCCUUAUAUGAGGCAGACAUCACCAGCAAAACCACUCAUUUAGAGAUUGAGCCUUUCACCAUCCUGGGUGUGUGUGCAGGACUGAUUCCCUACCCUCACCACAACCAAUCUCCAAGGAAUACCUACCAGUGUGCCAUGGGGAAGCAGGCGAUGGGAACCAUUGGCUACAACCAGAGGAACAGGAUCGAUACGUUGUUGUACCUGCUUGCCUAUCCACAGGCCCCACUUUGCAAAACUAAAACAAUAGAUCUGAUCCACUUUGAUAAGGUUCCAGCUGGUCAGAAUGCUACAGUGGCUGUGAUGAGUUACAGUGGCUAUGAUAUUGAGGAUGCAUUGGUUCUGAACAGAGCGUCAUUAGAUAGGGGUUUUGGCAGAUGCCUGGUGUAUAGAAAACAGGCAUGUACUUUGAAACGGUACGCCAACCAAACAUUUGACAAAGUGAUGGGGCCAGUACUGGAUGCCAACACGCGGAAACCAAUCUGGAAGCACAAUGUGCUGGAUGUGGAUGGAAUAGUGGCACCAGGUGAGCGUGUUGAGAACAAGCAGGUAUUGAUCAACAAGCAUAUGCCAACAGUUACAAUCAACCCCAUACAGUCACCAGUGGCUGGUGCCCCUCCACCCCAACCUGAAUACAGGGAUGUCCCUAUCACAUACAAAGGAUCGGAGCCAUCCUACAUUGAAAAGGUGCUAAUUACUUCAAAUCCAGAGGAAGCCUUCCUGAUCAAACUCUUACAGCGGCAAACCCGGCGGCCAGAGAUUGGUGACAAGUUCAGCAGUCGACAUGGACAGAAGGGAGUGUGUGGUCUGAUAGUGCCCCAGGAAGACAUGCCGUUCACAGAUCUUGGAAUCUGUCCCGAUAUUAUCAUGAACCCCCAUGGCUAUCCGUCCCGUAUGACAGUAGGAAAACUGAUAGAACUGAUGGCAGGGAAGGCUGGUGUACUGGAUGGGAAAUUCCAUUACGGAACUGCAUUUGGUGGAGACAGGGUGCAGGAUUUGUCCGAGGAUUUGAUCCGUCAUGGCUUUAAUUAUCUUGGGAAGGAAUAUGUCACAUCUGGUAUAACAGGAGAACCGCUGAGUGCCUACAUCUACUUCGGACCCAUCUACUACCAGAAACUCAAACACAUGGUGAUCGACAAGAUGCACGCGAGGGCAAAGGGUCCAAGAGCUGUUCUUACACGACAACCUACUGAGGGUCGAGCAAGGGAUGGAGGUCUGAGGCUUGGAGAGAUGGAACGCGAUUGUCUCAUUGGAUAUGGUGCUAGCAUGUUGCUGUUGGAGAGGCUGAUGAUCUCUAGUGAUGCAUUUGAAGUUGACGUCUGCAAUAAGUGUGGUCUCCUUGGAUACUCGGGAUGGUGUCAGUUCUGCCGUUCGUCCAUCAACGUGUCAUCAAUCAAGAUCCCAUACGCCUGCAAGCUGCUCUUCCAGGAAUUACAGUCAAUGAACAUUGUGCCUAGACUGACUCUCAAAAAAUACAACGACUUUUAGAUAAUGACACAGAGGAAUACAGCACAUUGGGAAUGCUUGCUUCGAGGGUGUUCAUUUGAGUCUGGGGCUUUCAUAUCAUUGCACAGUCUUAAUGAUAUCUGUAUCUAAAUAUGAAUUGUCUGAAUCAAAUUUGUUGGUGUUUUUAUGCUGCUAAGCAAAACAACUUCAGCUGUAAAUUAAUUGGGAAGGAAGCAGGUCUUGGAUUUUCUUGUGCUCUGCACAGCUGGAUGUGAUCAGCAGCCAAGAACUCAUUGUUAAUACACGUCCUGGAUGGACUCAGAAGUUCAAGGGCUUCAAGACUAUCAGCAAGAUGAAUAGGUUUUGCUGUGUGAAUGAAGAAGUGGGUAUACACUUUCAGUGUGUAAAGAAGGCAAUGUCCAAAAAUAGGAAAAGCUACAUAUGUUAUCUUUUCAUUUAUGAGACUUCAUAAAUAAACAAAAUCCUGAAAAA